AUGAAUUUAUAUGAAGUGCUUCGUUCAAUUCACGUGGCUUUACUCUGUGUGCAAGAAAGUCGUGAGGCUAGGCCAAGCAUUUCAUAUGUGGUUUUGAUGUUAGGUAACAAAGAUGCAUUGCCACAGCCUAAACAUCCAGGUUUUUUCAUUGAAAGGGAUACUAUUGAAGCAAGUUCCACAGGACAGAGCAAGCCAUCCUCAGCUAAUGAUUGCACGGGUUCAGUCCUUCAUGGAUGUGAUCGUGUAUACACAGAACCUGCACUUCUAACGUUGUGUGGUGAAAAUGCAUUUCCUAAGCCAAACAACCAUGUUUUUGUUUAUGAUUUGGUUGAAGCAAAUUCUUCAUCAACAGUACUGAAAUCAUCAUGCUCGGUCAAUAACUUCAGUAUCAUAAUACCCGAGGCAAUAGAACUUUGGGCCCAACUUAGGAGUGUUGUAGGAACAGAGGUUGUGGUGGGACCAAAAGGAGAAGAGAAUCUGAUUUACGACUUUCAUCUGUUACCCUCGCGGCGCGUGAGUGAUGAUGUGCCUUUGCUAAUUGUGCUAUUUGCUGUUGCUAAUUAUGACAAUUUGGAUCUUGAUUUUGCAUCCAAGUCGAAUUUGGAUCUUGAUCUUGAUUAA